GGCCGCCGAGCCACGGCGCGGGUCUCUGAGCUCAUAAGCCGUGUGCCGUCUUGCCCGGUGAGGAGGCUGAAACAACCGUCGCUUUUUUUGUUUUUUCCCUUUUCGAAAGGCAAAUGCUUCUCGAAGGACCUCAGCGAUUCGGCGCAAGAGACGUCUGCGUUUCCGAGUCAUUUUCCGCGACUCUGCUCCCGUGCCAAUGGCGCGCGAGCCUCAACAUAGGCCUGGUCACCUGAGACACGAAAGGGGGUUGUGGAGAGCCGGAGAAAGGGGAUAUAACUGUAAUACACAGCACUCACAAACAACGCAAAUGAUGCAACCUGAGAAGAGAAAUGUCCAUGACAGAUUUAUCUCAUCACUUGCACGCUAUUUUACUUGCGAUUUCUUAACCGUUAGGCGUCACCGCUACGCGGGCAGCCAAACGACCCUUGCUAGGGUAGACGUAGACUCGUUUUCCAGCGUCUUUCCUCGAAGUCUCCUAUGUUUCUUCUUCGCCUUCCCACGUACCAUUUCGUCUACUAGCUGACCCUGACAUUUCAACGCUGUUCUUUCAUAUUCCCAUUUUUCUGCGUCUUCGGCGUUCCGUCCAACGGCCGAGUCUCGGGCAAGCCCUCUGCACGGGAACGAAGUCAUUUUCAGAAUCAUUGUGGUUCAGCAGAUCUAUAUUUCCUACAUCUUCUUCUCUGUUGUUGCCUUUCCCGGCGACUUCCGCGUUUCCCCCUCGCCUCCUCCCUCCUGUCGCCCUCCUCGCGUCUCAACGUUUCGUAGGGCGUCGUUUUCACCAAUAGUCCUUCCUGGCGUUGGGCUUAGCUUUCUUUUGAAACCAACUUUACCAUGAAGGAAGAUCAGCUCCUGGAGAAGGGAUACAUUCAUCAAGACUCCUGUCCUAAUGGAGUUAUUGACGACGAUGAGACAGAUUCAUCCGUUUCGGACGAUGAUGCAGAGGACGACGUCCGCGAGCCACGGAACGGCUUUCAGUGCUGCGCUGACCGGCGAUGUACCACCUGGUUUGACCUCAGAAGCUGGUUUGGGUACCUCGCCACAGAUUUACCUCGACCGGACUUCCAAGCUUGCUUCACUGACGUUGCUCAUGGAGGCAUAGGGUUGUUUGAAAAGCUGGUGGUGCUUGGAGGGAAGACGUUGGAGACAUUUGCAGAAAUUCACUUUUUCGAGCAAUGGGCUUCUUCUGCUCGUCCGUACAUACCCCGUGAGUUGGCUGAGAUAGUUGGUCAAGAUGCGCCUCGUCUCCUAUGGGCGCAGAAGCGCGUCGAGAGGACAACAGCAGCACAAGCGCUCUUCGCAUUCGGGAAAAGUUAUUUGUCAACAGCUCAGGAUCUCCCCACAAGACAAGCAGUCGCGAAAUACGUCAAGUCCUGUGCCGGCUUCGCUUGCCAAAGCACCGAUACAGAAAACCUCUACAAGUGGAUGCCGAUCCUUGUCGAGCACAUUUUCUGGAUACAAAGAGUUCGAACAGAGGCGGAUUCAAGCGCAAAUAAUCUCCUUCAGGAUCUGCAGGAAUACCUUGGCUACCGACACGACCAGCUGCUGCCGAGAAUUCGGGAGUGCCUCAGAAACAGAAAUGUCCCUCAAAGAUCGGACACGCCAACAGGGAAAGAAUUGAUUCGUAUCUAUGCCGCGGACUACUUCGGCGUCCUAGCCCAGGAGAGCGGCGUCGAGAAGAAGGCCCAGGCAGUGUGGAUCGACGAGGAGCUAGACAUGUUCAUGGAAGGACCGGCGAUUUCGCUCUUCUCCGUUCUGGUCAUGUCGCUGCAACCGUAUUUGAUGACAAACGAUUCUCAAGACCUUCCCACUGCAGACGUCUUCGUUUCUACAUUCUACUCCCUUGUCGCCGCGUGCUGGGUCCUGUCCACGGAGGACCGUGUCAAGAUAUGGAUGCCUGCUCUUAUUCAGCGACUUCGACAGGUCCAGCUGCUGGCUCAACUGUCGAGCUUCGAAGGAAACGUUUACACUCGAACCAUGCGGCGGCGACGCCUGGCCUCCCAACCCGUCGAGCUCGCGCAGGUUGCUGGAGCGAACAACGGGGCGAGAGAUGUGUUUCGCCUCUGGAAUGUCGAUCCCAAUCGCAGGCUUCCUGCUGGGCAGCGAAUUGACGAGAGCGACAGUCCUCGCUUGCUGCGCCUCGGACGCCCUGGACUCCCGGAGUCUCCAAGCGGAGAAAACCCCCCGUGGCAGUUUGGAUGGUUCGGCGCGAAACGAGAAGCUGGUCGCGAGCGAGACGCUGGAGAGAAGAGUCGAGGAUUUGUGGAACAAACCCUACCUUCCGACAGAAAUCUCGUGUUGUCAGGUAUCGCUGCGCCGUCCUCCGGAGGCAAAGCCGCGCAGACGCUCGUCCUUCGACCCUUCGCUCGCGUUGUUCCCCCACGCAGGCGUCCGUCCCCCAGGCAACAACCCCAGGCUCCAGGGCCUCCUGCAAGUUCGUGUCUUCUCAGUUGCGGCCCCCCGUCGUCGUGCAGGUCGGAGGCAACAGCGCAGCAUUCGUUUGCGUGGUCGAGUCCGUGUGGGCCUUCUGAACCCCCCAGUGAGUUUCGCUCUUUCCUGGGGGGUUCUUCUCAGCUUCCGAGACAGGAGUCCGUAGGCGUGUCUGCCCAUCUCGACGCGGGUUCGGUUUACGCGGACCAGACCAGGAAGCCGACGACGGUGAAGAUUUGCCUGGACGACCCGAGUGCCUCUGGCCGCCUCGCAGUUGUUCCGGCGUUCGCAAGUGUCUCCUCGAGCGCCGUGUCGGGCCUCAGAGACUUACGAGUCGUCGGCGGUCAAGAGACUCGCGGGGGCGACAGGGUGCCGGAGGGGCGCGAGCCAGACGCGCGCGCGAUCCUCGUCGGGAAGAACAUCCAGCCCGUGUGUCUGAACUUCUCGAAGGACGAGAGCUCAGCUCGAGUUUACGUAACGGAGGUCGGUGACGAGGAGAAGGCGAAGCUGGGCGUGGCGGGAGAGGCCACGAAGGCCGAGUCGCAGAGUGAGUUGGACAGAGCUCUCGAACCCCUUCUCCAAUGCCAACAGAUGCAGCUUGAGCUGCAGAGGCUGCAGUUGGAGCAGAUUCAACUCCAACAAGAGACACUUCUCCAGGCUCGCCAAGCUCAGCCUCCGUCGCAGUCCGCGACGACUGCCGCCUCCAGACUCGACGAGAAGUCUCCUUCUCAGCUUCCGAUCUCGGUCCGCGUGGAGCUGCCGCCCGAGGCAAUCAAACGAGCACUCCGAGAAGCCAGCGGGACCUCCGGGCGAAGGCCGGAUUCGGCGAGUCCGCAGCCGGGCCCUGUCCAGGCCUCCACUGUCCCCUUCCGUGGGGGAGACCGGUCUCGGGCGCCUGCCGUUCCAGCGGCUUCUGGGGAAGCUUUUGGCCCUCAGAAAGUCCUGCCGAAGCCAGUGAGCAUUUUCGCUUACGCCAUGCAGAGACCCGCCCCCACUCCAGUGCGGUACGAUGGCACAAAUCUCGCCUUCUUGCCGAAACACCCAGGGCUGGUGGCCUCGCGCCCAACAUGCCAGGCGCCUCGAGAGGUGUCUAUGCAAGUGCCGAACCUCUUGAGCAAACAAGCCGACGGACGAGGUGACGCAUGCGCCUGGACGGCGUGUCUUACGGAGCCAGAAGGCAAUGCCACGGGUCCCUGGACUUGCUGGCCCGAGCAACUGAGAGCCACCUGCGACGGAGGCAGCCGAGAAGGAAGGGCGCUCUACUGCACAGAACCCCCGACGAUGGAAGCCUGUCAGCGUGCGGGUGGACAAGCGGACGAUCCUCCAUCUCGUGGAUUCAUUCCUCUGCCUCCGUCCAUACAAGCCCGCGCCCGGGACCGUCCUGUCUUCGGUCGUCAGCGCACACACAAGUUCUAAGGAGGAGAGCGUCCCCUUUCUUCACCGGAAGAAUCCAGAUCUCUCUAUUUUCAGGACACAUUUCACACGCGCUGAAUGAAAGAAUCAACACUCACAGGCAUCUCGUUACGUUUUGGAGUCGCAUAGACCGUAGAAACUUAAGAAUCUGCUUUUUCUUUUAUUCGCGCGUGUCUUUGUGCAAAUACAUAGAUGGAGACGACUUUCAAGAAUUGCGUUCGGACGUCGAUGCAUGCAUACACAGGAGUACGCACCUUUAUUCGUAUACACGCAUGUUCACCUGAUUAUGCACAUGUAAUAGCCGUACAACAGUGUAUGUGAGGCAAGUCGAUGUGCUCUCUCGGCAGAGUGCCUUUGUCAUUCUUGGUCUUUGAACGCGGUAUCCGUUUCUGUAGAAGGCGCACACUUGAGGACAAAGCUGCCGUCGGCUGCCGCAGAGGAAAGCCAAGAACCCAAAACGUUUUCAAGCUCUGCCAAUCCGUUUUUCAUAAAUGAC